CCGCAUCCAGUAGAUUCAAAUAAGCCAGACCAAAUGAUUCAGUUUCCAGUUUUACUCAAACCGUUCCAGCAUGAUCAAGUGGAAGAUCUUCGUCCUUGCAAUCCUAUAUCUUCAAUCUUCAAUGGCCAUGCGGGCCUUUCAUGGCGCCUGUCCCUCCAACAUGACGGCUGUUGGGGAUUUGGACAUGGAACGAUUCAAAGGAAAGUGGUACACCCACUCAAUAUAUCCUCAUCUCUCGUUGCGAGUGGAAAAAUGUCAGUCGACGGAUUUCAUGGAGGUGGAAGAGAAUAAAUUCAGCGUUGUGGCCCGCGAACUGAACAGCCAAACUGGUACUGUAAAGAUGAGAAAGGCAGACAUACUGCACGUGGAGCCAGAAUUUGGGCGGUAUAUUUUGGGCACAACAAGUACGGCUUUUCCUGAGGGCGUUCUGAUGUAUGUUCUGGAUACCGAUUAUGUGAACUUCGCCAUCCGAUUUAUGUGCUUUGAUGCCAGCAAAAUAUUCAGUUUUCGUGAGUGUAGUGAUGUGAAUAAUAAAUACUUUCCCCUAAUGCGAUCGCUUGAUCUCACAGAUUGGGCAGUCAUCCAGACCCGAAAACGAUUGCCCAGUGCUCAGGUGAUACAUAUGGCUCAGUACUUUGGAAAAAUGUCCGGUCUUGUUAUAGGUGACAUGAGCAAAGUUCCGCAGGAGUCGUGUCCCUAUGAUACCUGAACAAUAUAAACUUUGUUUUGAAAUAAAAGUGUAACUUGCAAGUUUCAAAAGCAUAUCGAA